AUGGUGCUCAACAACAGCAGCAACAGCGGCCAAGUCGACAAAGCUGACGUGGAGCUUUCUCUCGACACUGACUUUGACAACAUCGAAGAUAUCGUCGAUCUCUCAAAGAGGCAGGGCUCUCUCGUAGGUCCCAUGAAUGAGCGCCUAUCUCCAGAAGGCCUCAAUCCCACUCGGCCACCCCUGAGUCCUAGAUCAAUCUCAUCGUCCAUGAAUACCACACGAGACCGCUCGUCAUCUCUUGCUGGCGCAGACCGCCGUCCCACCGCGCAUACAGCCAUCUCGGAGCCGGUCCUGAGCCGGCCGCCCGGGCCUCGUCGACUGGCAUCGGGACCCGUGCCCAAGAGCUCUCCAUCUAGUGAGCUUCGGGGCGGCGCCAAGACCCUUCCACCGUGGACAGGUUCCGAAGUGGCAGUGCCGACGCUGCGAAAGAUUUCAAAAGAAGAGGCGCAGCAGUAUGUAGCGUUGGGCGCCCGGCCUGCCCCUGCCCUCCUGCCGCCUCAUGCAGUUGAUCCCCGCCAGCGUCCAGGAAGCGCCGGAAGCGAGCACCGUCCGCGUGGCGGCCUCUCCGACAGCGUGACGAAUCCAAGCAGCAUCUUGGACGGACCGCGCAAGAGCAGCGUGGCGAGCGUGCAGUCGGUGCACAGCGGAAUAUCGCCUACUUCGUCGGUACUCGAUGUGACAAUGCCCAAGCCUCUUGCCACGCCAAUGGGCGAUCCAGCUCAGAGACAAAGCGCCGGCGCAUCGGGCACCUGGACCAGUGUCUCGUUUGCCGAUGGCUCCUAUCGUUUCCCAGACAGCCACGACAGGCCACGAGCUGAUAGCUUGGGUCCGCGCAAGUCAAGCGCCUCCAGCUCUAAUGUCACAUCAUCGUGGAUGGCACCCGACAGCUGGGCGGUUCAGCCCAAGCGGGCUCGAGAUCAUUUGCGCGACGAGGAAUCGGGCACAGACCAGUCGGAGGGAGAGGACACCGAUGGUCCGUCGGAUCGUACGCAAGAGAGAACGUCGGUGGGGAACUCCACCGUCACGCAUGGUCACGCGUCGUCGAUGGACGUAUCGGGAAGCACUACUGGCUAUGAGCGACGAGGUACCCAAGACUCCAUCUCCACGACCACGUCUGUCGACGGCCCUGUCAAUAAUGGCAUCUUUGCUACACAGCAGGAUGCACCGGCUAUCGAAUACCUCAACACGAGCGACACCAGCGAUGCACAAACGUUGAAUUCGGUCAGUUCCCACCAAGUUACUUUGCCUCCUACACCCAGCUCUGCGGGAAGCACUGCGACUCGGCAUGGUGUCAGAGCAGGUGCGAUUGGGAUUGGUAGUGCGGCUGCGGCUGCAGCUGGCAAGCUCGGACUUCAUCGUCCUCACCGGAUUAAGCAACAGAGCAGCCGACCUAAUACGGCUGGAUCCAUUGGGGCCGGAGGUGGCGCAGGACUAGCGUCAGCCCUAGGUGGUCGAGUGACCGAAGACGAUGCAUCCAGCACCUACAGGAUGCCGUCGCCCAUCGUGACCAAGAGGCCCAGCACGGUGGGACAGUCAAAUGCCGGGACUUGUUUCUUGCGUGUUACCCUCGAGGAUGGCUCGCACAAGGCUCUACAGAUUGCUCUUACGGCCACGACAUCCGAAAUUCGAGCGAUGCUGUCGCGCAAAGCUCCGUCCAGCGUGGUUCACCGUAUGUUUGUGAGGGACAAAGGUGCAGAGCGGCCCUUGGGCGAGUCGGAAAAGCCAGGCAUGCUCCAGCGUCGACGCCUGUUGCAGGCUGGCUACACCGAGGACGACCUUGUCAGCGAUUUGGGCCGCGACGACAACUCCUUCUUGCUCCGUUUCGUCUAUCGUCCCGACAGUGUCACAAAGAUUGAUUCUGCGGCCCUCGGCAGUACCGAGACAGACUUCAGGGCACUGGACUUGGAGAACAGGAAUCUGGAAAUGGUGCCCAUCAGCCUCUACAGGCGAGCCGAAUGGAUUCAGAGCCUGAACCUGUCUGGCAACCCCAUGACGGAGCUGCCAGAGGAUUUCAUCAACAUCUUGACGAACCUCACAACGCUGCGCAUGUCUCGCCUUGCACUCAAGCGCGUCCCACCGAGCAUUCGAUCCAGUCAGACGCUCACGCAUCUCGACCUUUCGGACAAUCGCAUUCCCGAGCUGGCCCAUGCUGCCCUCGAUGAGAUUCCUCGGCUGCGCUCUCUCAAGAUCCAAAACAACCGACUGCAUGACCUGCCUGCCUACUUUGCCAGGAUGGACACCUUAAUGGACCUCAACAUCUCCAACAACCGCUUCGACGUCUUCCCCAUUGUCCUCUGCCAGAUGAAGAGCCUGGCUCAGCUCGAUGUUUCCUUCAAUACAAUCAGCGAGUUGCCCGACGAGCUUGGUCAGCUCGUCGAACUCCAGCGGCUUGUCUUGGUAGGCAACAACAUCGUCGCCCUGCCGAGCUCCAUGUCGAAGCUGGUGAACUUGCAGGCUGUAGACGUCCGUCGGAACAUGCUCCAGGACGUGGCGGCAGUCUUCACGCUCCCCAAGCUUGAGGUGCUCCAAUGCGAGGAAAACUCGCUGCGAAACCUUCAGGCGACAAUUGGACCCCAGCUUUCACGGCUCAACAUCGGCAAAAAUGCGCUGAGCAAGGCCUCUUUCACAGCAGAGGGCACCGGUGUCCUCACCUCUCUGGACCUCACGUCGGCCAAUCUGAGCAAGCUGGACGAUGACGUGCUUCGUCGCUUGCCCAAUCUGACCCACCUUGUCUUGGACCGAAACAAUUUCAUCGUCCUGCCGGAGACGAUUGGUCAGCUUCGCAAGCUCACAAGCCUUUCUUGCACCCACAACGUCCUCGGUACGCUCCCGGAGAGCAUCGGCCAGCUUUCGAUGCUACAAGAGCUUCACGUCCACAACAACAACAUGAAGUCUUUGCCUGACUCCAUCUGGAGAUGUGGAGCGCUGCACACGCUCAACCUGACCUCUAAUCUUCUCGAAGGAUUCCCCGACGUUCCCCGCAUCGCAGGUGCGACGUCCGCCUCGGUCGAUCUCACGGCUUCCGGAACCAAUCCUUCGCCCAACGCUCUGUCGCCGCCACCAUCAAAUGGAAACACUUUGACCAUUGAAGAGCAGCGCAAAGGAUCCACCUCGUCAUCUACUGGCGGCGCUAGCGGAUCGGCAAACGCAAGCGCGAGACCGCCAUUGGCUCUUAGCCUGAUCUGCCUACGAAUGGGCGACAAUAAGCUGUCAGAGGAAGUCUUUGAGGUUUUGGCGCAGCUGCCCAAUCUUGAGGUGCUGAAUCUGAGCUGCAACGAAAUCUUCGAGCUGCCUGCGUCCAGCUUGAGGUGCCACGCCAAGCUCACCGAGCUCUAUAUGAGUUGCAAUCGCCUGAGCACGCUCCCUGCCGACGAGCUACCAGGUCUACAGAAUCUACGCAUCCUUCACCUCAACGGCAACAAGCUCUCAACGCUCCCUGCAGAGCUGGGACAGGUGAAAUCGCUCGUCAACCUUGACGUCGGCAACAACUUGCUCAAGUACAACAUCUCGAAUCGUCAGUACGACUGGAAUUGGAACUCGAACCCAAGUCUGAGAUAUCUCAACUUGUCGGGCAACAAGCGCUUUGAGAUCAAGUCGAACCCGGUUGUCAGGGCUAUCGAAUCAAAUGACCCAUAUCGAAGCUCGAGGCGCACGAUGGUCGAUACUUCGGACUUUUCGAACCUGACUCAUCUCCGGAGCUUGGGCUUGAUGGACGUCACCGUUACGCUGCAGCAGAUGCCCGACGAGCACGACGACCGUCGUGUCCGGACGUCGCUUUCGCACAUCAACCAGAUGGCUUAUGGCAUUUCUGAUGCUCUGGGCAAAAAUGAACACCUCAGUGUCGUCGACAUGGUUACACCUGAGUUCCGCAAUAUGCCCAAUGAGUGCUUGUUUGGCAUCUUUGCUGGGCGCGAGCAUGGGCGCGCAUACAGCAGUCGCAUCGCCUAUCACCUAUCCGACUGGACGAAGUUUCGUAUUGCCUGGGAGAUCGAGUCGAGACGGCCGCGGGGCUCCAGCACCUUCACCUCACCGCAGGAGGCAGAGGUGCCACACAUUCUGCGAAGGGCAUUCUUGAGAAUGGAAAAGGAGUUUGCCGACCUGCUCAUGGCGGAGGCGUCGAGACGUGUCUCGGAAACGAUGGCAGGCCAGUACGACCCGACCUUUGCAACGCCGCUGCUACCCCUGCACAAACCCGAGCAGUCCACGGUGGCAUUAGCCCAGAGACACACGCUCAAUUGGAAGGCCGGUGCCUCGGCAGUCGUUGGCUACCUUGUCGAUCGAACACUCUUCAUUGCCAAUGUCGGAGAUGCCCUGGCGGUCCUUUCCAAGAACAGUACGGCACAUCUCAUCAGCACGAGACACGAUCCCUUUGAUCGAGAGGAGACGCUGCGUAUCCGAUCUGCCGAAGGAUGGGUUUCGCUCCAAGGUCAAGUCAACGACAAGCUCAACAUCUCACGCGCCUUUGGCCAUUAUCACUUGGAGCCCAUCGUCAACGCUGCUCCCGCUGUGCACACUGUCCACCUGACGGACUCGGAUGAGUUCAUUAUUCUCGCAAAUCAUACGCUAUGGGACAAGAUGUCCUAUCAGACUGCCGUCGAUGUGGCCCGCAUGGAGCGCAACGACCCCAUGGUGGCUGCACAGAAGCUGCGAGACGUCGCCAUCAGCUUCGGCGCAGAGGACAGUAUCAUGGUCAUGGUCAUUGCCAUUGGCGAUCUGUUCGACAAGGCCCGACAGUCCAAAAACACGGGCGCGGCGUUUGAGUCGCCUUUGGAGAUGGCUGCGGCACGAAAGGCGACGAGGCGGGGACGCGAAGAACGAAACAUUCCGGGAGAUCUGACGUUAGCUCGCCUCGAGCGAGAAGUCGCGCCCCCCAUCGGUCAAGUCGCCCUCGUGUUCACCGAUAUCAAGAAUUCGACUUCGCUGUGGGAGACCAACGGCGGGAUGCAGACGGCGAUGCGCCUGCACAACUCGCUCCUGAGACGGCAGUUGCGCAACAUCGGAGGCUACGAGGUCAAGACGGAAGGUGACGCCUUUAUGGUCUCGUUCCCUUCAGUGACGUCCGCCUUGCUCUGGUGUUUCAAUGUCCAGCUGCAACUGCUCCGCGAGAAUUGGCCUCAGGAGCUGCUCGAGUGCGAAGACGGCAAGGAGGUGUACGAUGCCAACGGUGAGCUCAUCUACCGGGGCUUGUCCGUCCGCAUGGGUCUACACUGGGGAUCGCCCGUAUGCGAGGCAGAUCCGAUCACAAGGAGGAUGGACUACUUUGGACCGAUGGUCAACCGUGCAUCGAGGAUCAGUGGUGCCGCGGACGGAGGCCAGAUUCUCGCUUCACGGGACGCCAUUGCGGAAUUCACAACGCUUCUCAACGCUUUUGAUGCCAGCACGAAAAAGAAGUCAGACCCCGACCAGCCAGAAGCCCAGCACGACGAGGAAGACGAGGACGAAGACGAAAGCGAGACGCUUCGCAUGAUGCACCCAAACGUCUCACGGGAUGUGACUUUGCUCCGUCGAAUGGGCUUCGGAAUUUCGGACAUGGGCGAAAAGAGACUCAAGGGUCUGGAGACACCCGAAUUCUUGAACUUGGUUUAUCCCACCCAGCUGGCCGGACGACAAUCAACGGACAACGAGGGUGGCCAAGUGGCGAUUCCCAAUCCUGCCACGAUGCAGCCACCGAGGGUUUUCGAGCCCACUGUGCAACUGUUGUCUAUCGACGAGAUCAAGCAGCUGGGAUACCUAUGUCUACGUCUUGAGAGCCUCUCAGAGGGCCAUGUCUUCCCCGGAAUCAGCGAACUCGUGCAGUCGAAAUCGUCACGACCGCUGUCGGCCGGUGCGCCGCCCACUCUCGGCUCGAUCGCUGCGCCAGCGACAACGUCGUCAUCUUCGGUGAUGACGUCGGCCCUUGCACGUGCCAAGGCGGUGGAAUCGCACGUCGCCAACCAUCCAGAGAUUCUCAUCUGCAGCAUCCGAGACGACGCGCCAGACGAGGAGCUGGGAAAUAUUCUUCAUCAGCUCGUCGUCCGUAUCGCGAAUUGCUUGGCGGGCUUGACAAUUCGUCAGCAUCUGCUCGAAGGAGGUACAAAAUUGGACGUAGAGGCGCUUUUGGAACUCUUCAAGUAA